AUCAAUAAAUCAAGGGCCAUUCCGAAACUUUCACCACCCAAUUAAAUCACCAUUCUGCAGUCAUCGGCGGUGACUUAUUAAUAUCCACCGUGUUCACCGCCCUAAGUCGGAAUAAUAACGCAUCUCCGCCGGUGAUAUCGCCGCCGUUACACCCUAAAUAUCACAUUUCUAGUGCAAUCUACUUCACUCCGAUCGUUUCGUUUCACUUUUUCUUCUAUUGAGCUGUGCAAUGACGUCUGAAACUGCUCUUAGAGAUCUCAAUUUGCUGCCUAAAUCUGAGAGGACAAAUGAGACGUCAAGUAAAGACAUCUUAGCUAAGCCGUAUGUUGAACCUAGCGAUGAAAAUGUUGGAGAAAAACAAAGGAAAAACACUGUUUCUUUGGUUGAACCGCCUGUGAAUGGAAGCGAGGUUGGACAUUCUGGCACAGAUGUGGUGGUUGCAGAAGUUGAAUACAUCGAAUCUGACAAAUUGAAUGAUCUAGAUGAUAUUGAUGAGUGUCUUAAGGUGCUUUUAGAUGGAUUAGGGUCUAAAGACUGGGUCUUGCUUUGUGAGACACUCAACAAUGUACGUCGCUUCUCAAUAUACCACAAGGAAGCAUUGCAAGAUAUAUUGGACAAUGUGAUUACCCUUGUUGUGAAAGCCCUGAAGAAUCCAAGAAGUGCUGUAUGUAAAACAGCCAUCAUGACAUGUGCAGACAUUUUCAAAGCAUUUGGGGAUACCAUAGUUGAUUCGUUGGAUCCUUUGUUGGUACAACUUCUUCUCAAGUCUUCUCAAGACAAGCGGUUUGUAUGUGAGGCUGCUGAAAAAGCUUUAAUAGAUUUGACAAUUUGGGUCUCCCCUGUUUUGCUGUUACCCAAGUUGCAACCUUACCUUAAGAACCGCAAUCCCCGUAUUCGUGCAAAGGCUUCAAUGUGCGUUUCUCGUAGUGUACCACGAUUGGGUACCGAAGGAAUCAAAGAUUACGGGAUUGACAAAUUGACUCAAAUAGCUUCAUCCCAACUGAGUGACAAGCUCCCUGAGUCACGAGAGGCUGCUCGUUCUCUUCUGUUGGAGCUACAAACCUCGUAUGAAAAAUCUCCUGUUUUGGCACCCGAACAGGAAACACCUUCUGACGAACCUCUGGUAUAUUCUUGGGAGCAAUUCUGCGAAUCUAAUCUUCCAAAAUUAAGUGCUCAAGCCGUUCUUCGUGUCACUAGCAGCAUUACUCAAGAGGCUCCUGUUUCAGGCUUGUAACACCAAAAAAGCAUACACCAUCUGUUACUCUAUGUAUGAUGAUUUUUUCCCUAUCCAUUUACUUGUAAAUGCUUUUGCAUUAAAUUUGAAAAGGUGAUUGAAAUAUGUAGUUGCAAUAUGUGUCCUAAACAUUCUCACAGCCAUUGUUGUUUGAUUUUGAAAUGCAUAUUAUACGGUUCUAUGUGA